GGGGGACAAAGGAAUACUAUACUACCCCGCCCCUAUUGCUUGAUUGCUAAACGAACCAGUCAGGUGGGCGACUAUAAAAGAGUCAAGUCACAGUCCAUCAACAGCAUCCUCCUCGAGCUCUUCAAUCUUCACGAGAAUCACAAUGAAGUCCACGAUUGCCUGUCUGUUGGUGUUGGCUGUUGCCGCCCAAGCUCAAUACUGGAAUGGAUACGGAUAUGCUGGAUAUGCUGGAUUCUACGGAAACUACGGUGGAUACUAUCCCUACGCCGGAGUUCGUGCCACCACGGCCUACACUGGAAUCCCCGCAACUGCCGCCGUCCCCGCCGCCUAUCCCGUCGCUUACGGCUACCCCUCAUACACGGCCACCCAGUACCACGCCCAGGACGAGCUCGGCCAGGCCAGCUUCGGCUACGCUCACCCCGGACAGGCCGCCACUAACCUCCGUGACGGUUUCGGCAACCAGAUCGGCAGCUAUGCUUACAUCAACCCGGAAGGCAAAGAAGUCCGUGUCUCCUACACCGCCGACUCCCGUGGCUUCCGCGUCCUGUCCAACAACUUGCCCGUCGGUCCCGUUGACAAUUCGGUCCCGGUCCAGGACACUCCCGAAGUUGCCGCUGCCAAGGCCGAUCACGCCGCCGCUGUCGCCGCUGCCAAGUCCGGAGUCGCCCCUGUUGUCGCCCUUCCGGCCCCAGUCCAGGACACCCCCGAGGUUGUCGCUGCCAAAGCCGAUCACGCCGCUGCUGUGGCCGCUGCCAAGGCCGCCGCUACCCCGGCCGUCCGUGCUAAACGCCAAAUUUUGAACUACGGAGCUGCUCCAUUCGCCUACCCCGGCUACGCCGUUUCCCCUUACGCCUACUCGGUUGCCGCUCCGGCCGUCUACGCCGCCCCGGCCGUGCCCGUCCGUGAGGCCACUUUGACCAAGACCAUCCUGAACCCCGGCCACGCCACCGCUUACCGCGUCGACUAAACUUUCGGUUUCAAAUCUCAUCUCAGGUGUUGUGCUCUUUUCUAUUUUGUGACAUUAUUUCUUUUUCUUCCAAUGAUGAUUGCACCACCGCAUUUUUUUUCGAAAUUCCAAAAUACAAAAAACUUUUUCACUAAAAAAGGAAAGAUAAAAAAAAACCAGUUUUCCACUUUCCCUUUUUGUUUCCAUCAUCCGAUUAUUUCAAUGCGCAAUAUAAGAAAAUGGGGAAUUAAAGAAAAUCAAUCAAAAGUAGCAGAGCAAUAAGAGCAGGUGCUUGGCGCCCGGUUACUAACGAGAUGCGGAUUCGUGGAAUCAUUCCAUUUGAAGGACGCGUCCGUCCUUGGCAAAUAAAUCAAGAUCCACCCACCCACCCACCACACACCAAAAAGGAGAAUAAAAAUGGGAGUUUUCAA